AAGAUUUGAUGCCACAGCCAAUGCCCGAGCUCUCAGUUAAAACAAAGGACUAGAGAAGUGGUUUGACUUUUUCACUCGCUGCCCCAAUGCCCCCAGGCGGUCGUGUGGACAAUCAUCGAGAAACUUGAUUUCAUUUAAAGUUGAUGAUGUCUUUGAGUGCUUAAGUUGGAAAUCAGGACGAUGGAAUUAUCGAUGUCUGACGUUCGGACGAUUCCUUACGAGUCGCCUGUAGAUUUGCUCAACGAUUCCUUUAACCAGGCAGGAUGUAACAACUCCUAUGUUCCGACUCAAGAUGAAUAUAGACAAGCUCUUGGAGGAUUCUGGAUGCCCCUUAUUACAGCUGGGAGUCUUAUCACCACUGGCUUAUAUAUUCUUUUCUUCGAGCAAGUCUUCUACACAAAUGCAGGCGCACAUAGAGUUUUCCGAAGGCACAUAUACUGGAUUGGCUCUGUUUACCCGUUCAUGACGCUGAUGAGUCUCGUGGCAUUGUUGGUCCCGAAAGCACACAACAUAUGCACAGCUGCAAAAAUCAUUUACAUGUCAAUCGGCAUCAGUCAUUUCGGUGACUUGACAGUGCUCAUGUUUGGAAGCGAGGAGGUGAUGCUUGCGAAAACAGAGGGCAACAAAAUCAACUUGCAAGUCGGGCCUUCCUGCUGCUGUUGCAAAUGUCUCCCUUCGCCGGAUGUGUCGAAGUUUAAUAUUCGUUUGGUGUUGUGGCUCUGUGACCAGAUGCCCUUCACUCAGGCUGCUUACUACCUUACGCUCCUCGUCCUCAUCGCUGGCAACAUGGCGACGCCGGGAAAUGUAAAUCCAGACGGUGUUUUUCUGUGGCUCAAUCUCUUCAACUUUGCUUCGUUCAUGGGCGGGCUGUACGGUUUGCAGAUCUUGCUCUAUUUCUCCAAGGGGCAUCUUGAAUUCUACAACUAUAAGGGCAAGUCGACGUCGGUGAAGAUCCUCGUCGUCAUAACUAACCUGCAGAGUUUCGUCUUUGACAUUAUGGGGAACUACAGUGCCUUUCCCUGCAUUGCCCCGUACCUCUCGCCGGCGGUCUAUAAGAUAACAAUCGUGAAUUCCCUCUACAUCUUCGAAAUGAUGGUUCUUGGGAGUUACACUUACUGGCAAUACCACAGCCACGAAUUCCUGAAACCCAACCCCGCAGACGUCGAGGACCUGUACAAGGCCGAAGACGACUCCUCCAGCGUCACCACAGCCAUUACCAUCGUCGGCGAUACUGAAGGCGGAACCUCACGCCCACAACAGCGCCGACAGACCUCACAGAUCACCGUGACGCCGCAGAUAGAAAGACCGCCCACAGAAAAUCCAUUAGUAGAUGAAAUUCAAGGGCCACAAUAUGGGGCUGUGGCGGCUGUCACUCAGCAACCCGAGUCUUUUAAUGGUGGCCCGUAGGUCUCCUUUCUAGCGUGCAGGUAUUGGAAGCUUUAGGAAAAGGUACAUUCAGAGAACUGCUUGCGCACAAAAUUCCACAGAUUCUCUCGUACGAUUAUUAUCACUAUACUUAUACUUCUUCUUCUUCUUCUACUUCUUCUUCUUCUUCUUCUUCUUCUUCUUCUUCUUAUUAUUAUUGCUAUUACUGAUAUUGUCAUUAUUACUAUUGUCACUUCUAC